GUGGCGACGGAGUCGGCUGCUGACGGUGUCCGGGCUCAAGAUGGCGGCUGCGGCAAUGGCAGAGGUGACCACGGAAGAUCGCGCAGCCCGCGCUAUUCUUCUCCGGCCCAACCGGACGUGACAUCAGUGCGCACGCCAUAUGAAGACAUCAGGACGCAAGGCGCGUAUAUGACGACAUCGCGCAGGAGAGCGCAGCCGUCACAGGCCUUGCGUUCCACCGUAUGUUCCACUGUGAUUACGCCG